AUGAAGAAUGGUGGCGUGGUAAACUUAAAAUUUUUCAGAGUAUUUCACCUAUCCUUUAGCACUAAUAGCCCAAUAAAGGCAUUCUUUGUCAUAUCAAUUGUAAUUACCARACUUAUUUAUUUAUUAAGUACAGUAGUUCCAGAAAAUGUAAAUCAAAAUAAUGAUAGUAACACAAUAAAUAUUGAUUCCAAUGUGAAGUUACACUCUGAUUAUACACCAGRAAAGAAAUUACCAAUCUUAAAAAAAAAUCAAAAAAAAAAAGGAAGAAUUCGUUUCAAAUGUUUGCAUUGUGAAUACUUAACAUUUCGAAAACAAAAUUUAAUUGUGCAUCUUAGAGAAAAACAUGAAACUAGAAAACAACUAGAAACUGAAGUUAAUAAUGAUACAUCAAAUACAACAAGAACAAUUGAAGUAUAUUCAUGUACAUUAUGUAAAAUGACUUUUAAUACACUGGGUGAAUGUAAAGAACAUAUGAGUCAGCAUUUAAUAAAUACUCCUAAAAAUAAUCUAAAUAAACAACAAAAAAAUGAUUGUAAAAGUAUUCAAUYAAGUAAAAAAAAAAUUGAAGAUAUAGAGUAUGUUUCGAAGUGUGUACAUUGUAAACGUAAAUUUCGAUCUGAAAAUUCUAAAGUACUUCAUUCAUUGUGUCACCAAAAUGAUAGUAAAGAUUAUAAAUGUAGUGAAAAAAAUUGUGAUUUUAUUACGCCAAGAUGGAAUACUUGUCGCAUACAUUUAUGGAAAGUUCAUAAAAUUGAUGUUGAUAUGUUUAGCUGUCAAGUUUGUAAAAAAUAUACCACUACAACUUAUCAUAACUUAGUUAAUCAUGUAUCCAUGAAACACAAUAAGGCAUUGUCUUGUGUAGACUGUGGUGCUGAAUUUGAGGAUUCAAUUAAGCUACAGAAUCACAGAGUAUUUCAUUCAAAAGCUAAGUCUGUAAAUAAAGAAAGAUGGUAUAUGGAAAAAACAUGUGUAAUUUGUAAUAUGGUGUUAGCUAACUCAAAAAGUUUAAAACUUCAUACAAAAAAUGUUCAUCUGAAGUUAAAGCCUUACGUGUGUCAAGUUUGCAAUCAUGGUUCAGCAACUAAAUACAUGAUGCAAGUGCAUAUGAGGCAGCAUACUGGUGAAAAACCAUUUAGUUGUGAUGCUCCAGAUUGUAAUUUUAAAACUGGGGAUCAUAACUCACUUAGACGUCAUAAACUCCGCCACUCAGAGGAAAGGCCGUACAAAUGUACUCAUUGUGAUUACAAAUGUAUCCAAGUAACUGCUCUCAAAAGUCAUAUAACGAAUAAUCAUCGGGAAAAAAUGGACAGUUCAUAUUACUCAUGUAAUCGGUGCCCAUUUGGAACUGUGAGCUUAAAAAGAUACAAUGACCAUGUAUCUGCUCAUGAAACACAAGUUCAAAAUGGUCUAGAACCUAGUCCUGUAAAAUGUCAUGAGACAAAAGCAGAAAUGACUGACGAUGAUGAUACUGCACAAGGAUAUGUUGAUGACACAGGUGGUAUAACUAUUUCUGAAAGUGUGGGUUGUGCUGUAUUAAAUUUAGACGAUAAUGCAAUUAUGCUUACAUAACAUGUUUUUAAAUAAAAUUAGUCAUAAAACAAAUUCAAAAUAUUUUUUUUUCACCCUAAAUUAAU